UGUGAUGUCAAACAUUUGAUCCUGACUAACGUUAACGUUACCCAGUUUAAAACACGAACCUAGAUGACAGGUUUACCUUUUCAAAGUUUAUAAUGGGUUAACAGUUUGAACUGUGUAGCAGCUUAAGUACAAACAGGACUUUGUAGCGAUGUGAUACAAAACCAAAUAUUUGUCUGUGUUAUUCACUUGCCAUUGACCGAUGGCCAAGUUUAUCUCCGCCCCUUUUAUAUCAGGGGUGUGGUGUUCUGUAGCCUACUGUGUGUAUCGUUCGGCGAUAUUUGACAUCUACAGUGCUAAUAGUCUGAAGGUUGUGAAUAAGCAUGGCUAAGCGUGUUGCUGUCAUUGGAGGAGGAACCUCAGGGCUGACCUGCAUUAAAUGUUGCCUGGAUGAAGGUCUGGAGCCGGUGUGUUUUGAGAGCAGUGAUGAUAUUGGAGGACUUUGGAAGUUUAAGGAUGAUACAGAUCCAGACCAGGCCAGCAUUUACCAAUCUUUAAUUAUCAACACUGCGAAGGAGAUGAUGUGCUACAGUGAUUAUCCCAUCCCUGCCCACUUUCCAAAUUUCAUGCACAAUUCUCUUAUCAUGGAUUACUUCCGUAUGUAUGCUGAGCACUUUCAGCUUACACGGCACAUCCGUUUCCAGACAAAAGUCCUUCAUGUCACACCAAGGCCAGACUUUCCUCACUCUGGACAGUGGGAUGUAGAGACAGAGUCAAAGGAUGGAAAGAGGGAGAAGGAGGUUUUCGAUGCUGUGAUGGUCUGCACAGGUCACCACUGUCACCCACACCUCCCUCUAAAGGACUUCCCAGGAAUAGACACAUUUAAGGGAAAGUAUUUUCACAGCCGUGACUACAAAACCCCUGAAGAAUGGCGAGGGAAGAGGGUCGUUGUGAUUGGCAUUGGGAACUCUGGUGGAGAUAUUGCUGUUGAGCUCAGCAGAAUGGCCAAACAGGUUUAUCUAAGCACCCGAAAGGGUUCCUGGAUACUAAAUCGUGUUGGAGCUGAUGGUGUUCCUGGAGAUAUGGUUUUUAAUAGGAGAGCAACUGGGUGGCUUCAAAAAUGGUUCCCCAUUAACUUUCUCAGUAGUAUAGGAGAGAAAAAACUUAAUGAAAGAUUCGAUCACAAGCUGUAUGGACUGCAGCCUGCCCACAGACUUUUCAGCCAACAUCCCAUGGUGAAUGAUGAUUUACCAAACCGUAUUCUCUCUGGUACCGUGUUGGUCAAGCCGAACGUGCGAGAGUUUCGUGGCUCAAGUGUGGUGUUUGAAGAUGGCACUGUCGAGGAUGACAUCGAUCUGGUGGUGUUUUGCACGGGCUACACUUUCUCAUUCCCCUUCCUUUCUUCACACAUAAUACCUGUUAAAAAUAACAAGGUCUCCCUGUACAAAUUUGUCUAUCCACCGAACCUUGAGCGCUCAACUUUAGCUGUGAUUGGUCUGAUCCAGCCUCUGGGAGCCAUAAUGCCAAUCUCUGAGAUGCAAGCGCGAUGGGCCACACGUGUUUUUAAAGGACUCUGCAAGCUGCCAUCAAUGAAUGGAAUGUUGAAGGACAUUAAAGCAAAGGAGGAGGCAAUGGCCCGAAGGUAUGUGGCCGCACAGAGGCAUACCAUCCAGGUGGACUACAUCCCGUACAUGGAUGAACUUGCUAAACAAGUGGGUGUUAAUCCUCCCAUCCUGAAGUUGCUCCUGACAGACCCUAGAUUGGGUUUUAAAGUGCUGUUUGGGCCCUGCACCCCAUACCAGUUUCGGCUGUGUGGACCAGGCCAAUGGAAAGGUGCACGCCAGGCCAUCCUGACGCAGUGGGAUCGAGUCACUCAGCCCCUGAAAACACGCAAUGUGCCAGAUCAGGAGUCACAGCACUCGUCUGUCUCGCUCAUGUUUUCAUUGUCUGUUGCAGCUCUGCUCUCUGCUCUUUAUUACAGCAGGGAAAGUCUGUACCCGCUCAUAUCAGACCCUUCUGUGAUCCUCAACAAGAUUUGGGCUUAUUUACCAUCACCAGCAUAGGGAUGAUGAAACAUGACAUACUGUAUCAUAUAAUAUCUGACAGCAAACCAGGUGAUCUUUGAUUAUGGUCAAUUUUAGCUGUGGGAUAGAUGAAGUGCCUUAUUGUUCCUGAAUUUGCUGUCAGCAUUGAUACAGUAAAGUCUACUGAUCUAAGGACAUUUAAAAAAAAAAACAUUUCAUAUGAUUGCCAAAAAAUCAUGCAAUAAUGAUCUUUUUAAAUUGUACAGACAUUGUUUUAAUUCACCAGUGUAGAUUUGUAUAUUUUAAAAUAGCAUGCAAUUAAAAUCCAGACUGUACUUUGUUUCAGUGGAAGUCCAGCAUAAUCUCUUAAAAUGAUUUCUGCAGAUAUGUUAGAGCGUGUGAGCCUGUGAUGGUAUGCUUUGUAUAAGGGGCAUAGCCAAAAAAAUAGAGACACAAUUUCUAUACAUUUUACAGAAUUUGUAAAUCACAAACAUACACAAAGUAUUUAAGUUAAACAAUUUAUUUCCAAUGCUAUACAAAAGAAGGAAAAGGUAUACUGAUAAUUUCUAAAUAAAACUCCUGGUUCACCUUUUAUGAAAGGUAAAUAUAAACACUUAUUUUACUGACCUGAUCACCCGAUUAGCGCUGAACAUAGCUUGAGUCUAAAUUUUCUGCUUUAGGCUCUAGAUCGCUUUUCUUUUGUUUUUAUUGCAUAUGAACAUAUACCUAUAAAAACAAGAGCACAAUGCAUUAUGCUCUUAAAUUCCAGUCAGUAUGCACAUGUAAAUGAUUUACAUAAUCCAAACCAAAAACAAUAACAUAAAGAUAGAGAAAAAGAAGCACCUACCUAUAUGUGGUGCAGUUUAUUUGUCUAUUUUCAAUUUGCAGAAAAUAUUAGAAGCCCUGGACAUUUUUUAUUUUGACAUUUACUCAAAACAUUACAGUAUUCGUUGAUAAAAUAGAAAAAAUGGCUUAACACCAGACGACUUAAUUUUAUGUAUAUGAAACUUUCCCAUUAAGACUAGUAAUUAAAUAACAUAUGCUUUGUCAUUUUCUAUCCCACAAUCGUUAACAUAAAUCAUUAUAUCCGAAAUAUAUAAUAUAUAAGUAUAUUUUAUAACCCAAAAUAUCUUUGUAUAAAUGCAAUGAAAAAAUAAAUGAAAAAACUGUCAUUCACUAUUCACAUGAAUAGUCAAUAUUUAAUUUAAACCUCUCUAAUACAUGUUUUACUUGAUUAAUAAGCUGGGGGAUAUGUAAAUCAUGUAUUACGUUCCUGAUAUAAUUAUUUGAAAUGUUUUCUUUUAAGUUAUUAAAAUACUAUUUCUAAUAAA